CGCCACCGCAUUCUAGCCUGGAUCCAGAUAUUGACCACAGGAUCUGAUACCUUGAACCAGAUCCAACAUUCUCUUACUCCAUACGGGCUGCGACUGCUACGACUCUGCCGGCCGUGUGACAUUGCCAAAGUCUGGUUCAACCGACGAGUGAACCCUUCUCUCGACGCUCAUUGGGGAAUCAUCGCCAGGACGUUCAUUACCGCUUACCGACACCUCGUUCGUACAGUCUUUCCUUUGAAGAGCGGCUGAUUGUGUGAGCUUCAAUUACGAGGCAGGGCAACACGCAUGUUUGGAUGCUGAGAUAGAGGAAUUAGACCCUAGAAAAUUCAUCCAGAGUUUGUUCGCUUGUUCCGUUGCAAACGAGAAUCGAUCUGCUAAGAGAGCGCUCUAGCCUGUCCACAUCUUCAUCUGAUGAGACUCAAUCUCUUGGUGUCUUCAAUCAUCAUUGCUUGUCUGGCAACUGCGCUAGCCUGGACAAAUAUCACAUUCUUGGUGGCCUUUCUUGCUGGGCACUCGACUGAUUUGGACUGCCUUCUAGAGUUGCGAGCGAUCAAGCAAAUUCAAGACUAUUUUGCUCAUUUCGUCGUCCGCACGAAUAUGGUAUCAAUUAGAGCCAAACCCCGGUUUCGGCAACUUCAGAAGAUCGAGCCCGACUACUGUCCGGGCACGAUCACUCAGUAUGAAUCUGACCGAACUGGCAUGCGCGUGGUCGUGGUGGACCAAGAAGGACCGAAACUGCAUGGAUUCUUUGUCUUAGCCACCGAGAUCCACGACGAUUCAGGCGCGCCUCAUACAUUGGAGCAUCUCUGUUUCAUGGGCUCCAAGAGCUUCAAGUACAAGGGCUUCCUGGACAAGCUGGCCACUCGAGCGUACUCGGGCACCAACGCGUGGACGGCGACAGAUCAUACUGCUUACACUUUGGAAACGGCAGGCUGGGCCGGGUUUGCCCAAAUUCUCCCAGUGUACCUUGAACACGUCAUUCUUCCUACACUGACCGAUGCCGGGUGCACCACCGAAGUCCACCACAUCGACGGUAAGGGUAACGAUGCUGGCGUGGUAUACUCUGAAAUGCAGGGGGUGCAGAACACAGCUUCGGAACUGAUUGAGCUGCAGUCAAAGAGGAUCGUGUACCCUGAAGGCGUUGGGUUUCGUUACGAGACCGGAGGCAUGAUGGAACAGCUCCGUGUUCUGACCGCUGAGCGUAUCCGGCAGUUCCAUCGCGACAUGUAUCAGCCGAGAAACCUUUGUUUGGCACUCUUUGGUGAAGUCAACCACCAGGAGCUUUUGACCAUUUUGGACGAAUUCGAGACGUCGAUCAUGGCCGACAUCCCCAGCCCCGACGCGCCCUUCAAACGGCCCUGGAUUGAUUCCAAGCAUGCACCUGCUCUGAAUGAGUCGACCUUGGCCCAUGUGGAAUUCCCAGAAGAAGAUGAGUCGUUUGGCGAAAUCGAUAUCCGCUUCCUCGGACCUGACUGUUCGGACUUGGUGGCCACUUCGGCGCUGAAUGUGGUUCUCUUGUACCUUGCUGGCUCAUCUGCCGCGUUGCUUGACAACAGUAUCGUAGAAAAAGAACAGUUGGCCAGCGGCGUGUAUUUCCAGAUUGACAGCCGACCUCGAACAGAAGUGGCCUUCUCUAUGUCCGGUGUUGAGACGGGCCGGCUGGCGCAGGUGGAGAAACGGUUCUUUGAGGUUCUACAAGACGCAAUGAAAGCGCCGUUGGACAUGGCGUUCAUGCAAGACUGCAUCGACCGUCAAGUCAGGACGUACAAAUUCAAUGCGGAGGCAUCGUCGACAGCAUUUGCCGACUACAUUAUCUCCGACUACCUCUACGGAAAGCGUGACGGGUCGACUCUGGAAAACAUCAAGUCGUUGGAACAGUAUACAAAGACACUGACGUCUUGGAGCGAGCAGCAAUGGAAGGAUUUCAUCAAGCAGUACAUUUCUGAUGCCCCGCAUGUGUCUAUCCUGGGUGUCCCUUCUGCGAGACUUUCUGAACAGCUAAAAACAGAAGAAGCCGCCCGCAUCGAGGAACAGAAAGAACGACUGGGCGAAGAGGGUUUGAAGAAGAUGCAGGAGAAACUCGAUGCUGCAAAGGCGGAAAACGACCGCGAGAUCCCGCGAGAACUCUUGGGACAAUUCAAAGUUCCGUCGACGGAGUCGAUACAUUUCGUGACGACAUUGGGUGCUCGCGCAGGGUUGGCUCUUAAGAAUGGCAAGCCUCAUAACAAGUACCAGAAGGUCAUUGACUCCGAUGCUACUGGCGUGCCAUUGUUCCUGGAUUUUGAGCAUAUUCCCACCAACUUUGCCAGGGUCAACCUCGUCAUUUCCACUGAGAAUCUUCCCAAUGACCUUCGACCUCUCCUCUCGAUCUUCAUGGAAUCUUUCUUCAAUUUGCCGGUGAAGCGUGGCGACAAGAUUGUCGAUUUCGAACAGGUGGUCAUUGAACUCGAGCGCGAUACGGUCGGUUACAACAUCGACUCGGCCGGCGGCCUGGGUAACAAUGAAGGUAUCCGUGUCAGUUUCCAGGUGGAGAUUGAGCGGUACAAGGUGGCUAUCAAAUGGCUCAGUGAACUUCUGUACAACUCGAUUUUUGACGUUGAACGACUCAAGGCGAUCAACACCAGACUUUUAGCCGACGUUCCUGAUGCGAAGCGGUCCGGAGACGAUAUGAUGGUGGCCGUCCGACUAAUGACACACCUUGCACCGAAAUCGAUUGGUCGCGCACGCAGUACUCUGGUCAAGGCGCUCUAUCUGAAGCGUGUCAAACAAUUACUCGCUGCCGACCCGAGCAAAGUAGUCAACCAGUUAGAACGGCUACGUGAACACAUGUGCCGUUUCGAAAACUACCGCAUACUAGUCAUCACGGAUUUGAACAAGGUGCAAGAUCCAGUCAGCGCUUGGAAACCUUUCAUGGAGGGCAUGGACACUGAGAAGGAGCUUAACCCGAUCGGAAAGAGGAUAGAAAGACUAAGCGAGGCGGGCAAAAAUCCGGGACAGCUUGCAUACGUUGUGCCGAUGCCUACGAUCGAUAGUUCGUUCGCAUAUGCGUGUGCGAGGGGUCCGACAUCUUGGGACGACCCUGUCAUGCCUGCCGUCAUGGUCGCCAUGGCGUACAUGAACGCCGUGGAAGGGCCGUUGUGGGUGGCAGUCCGAGGCACGGGAUUAGCAUAUGGCACGAGCAUGGGCUACGAUAUCGACAGUGGAUACGUCUAUCUUGAUGUGUACCGAUCGCCAGAUGCGUGGAGGGCGUUCGAGGCCAGUCGCGAGGUUGUGAGGGGCCACAUGGACGGUGGGAUCGAGUUUGACCCGCUCAUGAUGGAAGGUGCGAUCAGUAGCAUCGUCGUGGCGUUUGCAAACGAACAACAGACGUUGGCGAGUGCGGCGGCAUCGAGCUUCAUCCGCGCGGUGAUGAAGGGGUUGCCGGAGGAUCAUAUGGAGCGGUUGUUGAAGAAGGUCCGGGACGUGGGCGUCCCCGAGAUCAAGGAGGCCUUGCAGAGCGUGGUGUGGAACAUGUUUAUGCCCGGCAAAGCCGACGUCUUUAUCACGUGUGCCACAGGGUUGAAGGAGGCCAUCUCGGACGGAUUGAAGGAAGCCGGGUUCAAUGCUGAGAUUAGAGAAUUGAACUACUUCCAGGACGAUUACGGGCUGAAGCCAAUCGACGGCGAGGAAGGGGAUGAUGACGAUGACGACGAUGAUGAAGUCGAAGUGACGACGGAUGGAGAGGGAGGGAGCGAGUCAGUUGAUAUUGAGGGGAGUGAAGGAUAUGAAAUUAUAGAGGACGGCGACGAUGAAUAGAUGCAAGACAGAUGGAACAUGAUGACAGAAGCCGUUGGCUCAGAUAAAAUAACUUGCGCAGGUAGACAUUGUGCAGUAUAA